GUGCUCUGGUCCAGUUGGCUCCGCAGACGUCGGCUGCACCCCCGACAAGCCCUGAGCGGCGACGCCUCGACUCGACGGAAACCGGAAACCCUCGAACCGCCUCAAUUAGACUUCCCACCAACGACAAAAGUUCCGCGCUAAAAUCCUCGCCCGAAACAUAUUACCAGUUGGAAAGUUUUCUCAGCUUUUUUAUCACUAGCCUCAACUUUCGAUCGUUUUGAGCUUGAUGGAAAUGACGAAAAGAAAAGUCGAUCUCGGCUGUGGAUGAACGCUUCGAUGAUGGAUAUUGACUCUAAAACUCUGAGACCAUAAGACGUUUCGAAAAUUAUACUCUCACGAAACGGUGUGCAAAAUCAACGUGGAAUAAAUUAUCACUUCAAAAAUGUCAUGACGAAAGUUUGUACGCUUAUGGAAACAUCAGGACUGAUUUUAAACGGUUUUAAUACAGUCUAAAACUUCACAGAUAAAUAAACGCGAGAGCAUAAAUUUCAAAUAAAGAAGAUAAACAAUAGUGUCAAUUCGUGAUAAGUGAUCGAAAAGUGAGUUUGAAAAUUUCUCAAAACUGUGUUUAUUACAAUUUGAAAAAAUAAAAGUUGCGUAAUCGUCGUUGAUAAACUUUCGACGAAUGAAACUUCAAAACCACCACGAUCUGAAAAAAAGACAACAAAUAACCCACCUUUGCAACGCUGUUUCAACUCGCACGGCGCUAAUCCCGGUCCCUCGGGAAAAGAGCUCACGCGGGAUUAUCCCGAUCUCAUAGCGGUCCCAUAAUCGCCGACCGUAAAAGAGGCGAGCCCCUAAUUAUGAUUAAUAAAAUAAGAAAAAAUGAAAUAUAAUGAUACUGAAAACAGUGCCGGAGUUGUAAAAAUUUUUGACAUUUUUCCAAAUACAGUACUCAUCGCGUAGUAAAUAACGUUCGAUCACUGUGCGAAACAAACCAAUUAUCGAGGUUAAUAACUUAGAGUGACGAAACGCACUGCGAAUGAACCAGAUUACGGACUGUGAUGGUGUGAAAUUGUCUGAAAAAGGAAGGAAUAAAGAAAAAGAAAACGGAAGAGAGAUAAAAGGGAAACAAGUUUGUGCGGUGGGAUUGGAUUCGAUUGAAAAAUGAAGGGGCUAAACGGAGGAUUUAUGGGGAAUGAAGUGGACUCGUGUAGAUGACGAACUGCAAUCUGAUGGUGUAAUUUUUUGAGGUUGGCAGUUUGUCAGUUCCUGUCGGCACCAGAGGGACCUGCUGCAGACCAUCAAUUUCGACGAUUUGGUGCUGGGAUAACGCGAUCGAACUACGAGAAAGAGGACGAGGUCAAGGCGAAAUUUUCGGAACAAUAUAAGAGGGGCGAAUUGGAAAAGAAAGAAGAAAAUCGCAAUGACGGCCGAAAGAAAAUAGCGCCAAUUGCAGAAGGAAGCGAGUGAUCCAACCUUCGACCGGAUGCUGCACAGCAACGAUCAUGGAGAGCAAUCUUAGCACCGACGGCAACGCUUCGACCACGUCGACGGAGAAUGCGGCCGGUAAUCUCGCGGCGAUAUUUACGGCCGUCGUUUUGGGCCUGAUGAUCCUGACGACUGUGAUCGGCAAUGUCUUCGUUAUCGCCGCCAUAUUUCUCGAGAAGAAUCUUCAGUCGGUUGCAAACUAUCUUAUCGUCAGCCUCGCAGUGGCGGACCUUAUGGUGGCGUGUCUCGUCAUGCCUCUGGGUGCCGUUUACGAGAUUAAUUCUGCAGGAUGGUCGCUGGGUCCGGAACUGUGCGACAUGUGGACGAGCAGCGACGUCCUCUGUUGCACCGCUUCGAUUUUGCACCUCGUGGCCAUCGCCGUGGACAGAUACUGGGCGGUGACUGACCUCAAUUACAUUCAGGCCCGAAAUCCACGGAGAAUCGGGAUGCUGGUAGUGGCAGUCUGGGUUGUAUCUUUGGGGGUCUCUUUGGCGCCUCAACUGGGGUGGAAGGAUCCUGGCUACCUGGACCGCAUCGCCGAUGGCAAAUGCGUCGUUUCCCAAGAUGCGGCGUAUCAAAUAUUCGCUACCUGCGCUACGUUCUACGUACCUCUUUUGGUCAUCUUGUUCCUCUAUUGGAGGAUAUUCCAAGCUGCGAGAAGACGGAUCCGGAAAAGGCCAGGAGCGGCUAUUCAGCCGCCCCGAGAACGAAGAGGGAUCCUUCGGCUGGUCAGCAAAAGGCCGAGGGAAGAGUCGACAACGGCGUUCACAAUAACGCGAUCGACCCCGGACAACUCUUCGGCGUCACCGGAAAAGACGUCUUCGUACAACGGUGCGAAUCCACCCGCAACGCCGGCUCCGAGUCAUUCGGCAACGAGUUCCUCGGGCUCGAAGAAGACCCGGGAAACCAUCGAGGCGAAGAGGGAACGGAAGGCCGCGAAAACCCUAGCGAUAAUAACCGGAGCGUUCGUCGCCUGCUGGCUGCCCUUCUUCCUCGUCGCUCUGCUUCAGGCACUCUGCGAGCCCUGCGCACCCCCCGAUUUAGUAGCGAGCGUCUUUCUGUGGCUCGGAUACUUCAACAGCACCCUCAACCCUCUGAUAUACACUAUAUUCUCACCGGAAUUUCGACAGGCCUUCAAGCGGAUGCUCUGCGGCACUCGGGGAGGUCGUGGCUGACACUGGGUUUAACUGCCUGCCGGGGUGACGGCUGAUCCACCCUCGCGGAUUACGCGGACCGGGGGAACUUAGCGACGACUACGCCUUGCGCAUAUUCGAUUCUCGAUUUUCAAUUACUCUCGAUCGAAUUCAACGAGUUUUGUUCGCAAAUUUUUAAUUCAUCAAUUUUGGUCUUCUUCUUUCCCCGUCGGACACUCGUUUUAAGGGGUGACUGACCUUGAUCGUUUCACUGGUAACGGAUCAUAUUAUGUACAAAAAAGAAAAGUGCUCAAUCUGGCAAUGGAUCAUACAUAUACAUUUUUGAAUAACUCUGAUGUUUCUUGAAGGAUUUGGACGAAAAUUCGUACACUAACGUUUUAGGUGUCAUUGAAUUCAAAUUUUGCAACAGAAUUGAAAAAAUUCGAUGUCAGGGAUUCAGAAUGGUGACUUCUAAUACUGGUAAUUUCUACUCGGACUCAGCACCCUUGUACCAAAAUGUCAAGAAAUGGAAUAAGUCUUUUGAAACUUGUUACUCGGGGGUUUUAGGGUCACUGAUAGUGAAUUCAUCGUCAGAAUUUAAGAAUUGCAAAAUUGACCGUCCAAAAUGGCGACAUCAAUACUUCAAAUCCCUACAGGUAAACCAAACUUUGAAUUUGAAUGUGACGAAACUUAAAAUAUACUCACACAGCAUAGUUUACUCACGAGUGGGUGUAAAAAAUCGGAAAAACCUAAAAUCAGAAUGACCAGAAUUCCGAAAACCCAAAACGAAGAAAGAUCAAAGUGGUGAAAUUUCACCAAUACAGAAAUUCACAAAACUAAAAAUCUUUAAACAUUCGGAAUUCCGAUGUUUCGGAUUUUUAUAUUUUCUUACAUUUGAACCAUCGGAAAUUUUACACAUUUAGAAAUUUGAGCGUCGAGUUUCGGACAAUUCAAAACUUUGAUGUUUCGUCAAAGUUUGAUUUCUUUACUUCAAGUUUCUCCACCAAAAAAUUCGGAAUUUAGCGCUUUCGUAACCUUUCAAAUUCCGAAUUUCAACCCCACCCCAACACGUCGCAACCCUUUCAGAGGGGAAGGAGCCGAAGUUUUUGUUCGGCAUUAAUGAAGUUUAAAUCUUUUCCUCCCAGUAUAAGAUUAUUAAAGUUUCUCCGUAGAUAAUAUCGUCAGAGAGAAAAUUUUAGCAGCUGGCGCAGGCAGUAGAGGCGCGAUCGUGACACCUGAUUUACCCAAUCACCCUCGCAUUGAUGCGGAGUGUAGACUCUGCGUCCCAAGAGGCGACGCUCCGUCUAUUCCCCCGAUAUAAAUUCAUUCAACGACGAGACGUGGCAGCGCGCUGGUAAUGUGGAUUUGGAACAAGUGUAUUCUCCACUCAAUUAUCGCGGAAAACGUAAUUAGACGGCGUAUAAUUAUCUUAUACAUAUAUACAUAUA